AGGGCUCAAAUCCUGGUAAAGAUUGGAUUUUUUAAUCGCGGGAUCCUUGGACUCUUUUUGGAGUCCACCCACCUAUAAUGUGAACCUGACAUUAGUUGGGGAAAAGUAAAGUGCUGGCCACAUGACACCCUCGUUAACCUUAUGCCACAGAAACAGAUGACUUUUACAUCUUCUGCCCGAUAGACCACAAGAUCUGAAAGGGGAACUUUAGUUACUACUUAAUACCACGACUAAAAGGUCAAGAGGCACUAAAGAUAACCCAUUGAGUUCUUCAACAAACUUUCUGCCGGGUCCUCAACUGUUAUCAAUGAAUCUUCCAAGAAAAAAAUGUUUUUUUUCGUUUUGUUGUCAUUUAAAUUUAUCUCUUUGUUCAUUUCAUCUAUUGUUUAAUCUGUCGGAUGGGAGAGAUUUCAAAGACCAGGGUUCGCUUCCUGUUCGAAGUUUGCAUUAUAUAUCUCUACUUUCCAGACAGCUUGUAUUUGAGUUACGUAAUUGCAGUUAUAUCAUGUGUUUUGUCAACAUUGUUUAAGAAUUCUAACAUUUUAUUUUGUUAAAAGUUUAAACUGUUUAUGGGAAUCUCCUUGUACUAAUUCCCUAAUGUGUCAGUGUAUUCACAUAUUGAGAUCCGUUGCUGUUGGGUAAUAAACUUUCAAUGAUUCAUAAGUACACAAUAAAAUGUAUUGAUUUUAAAAAGUUGUAUAAAACUUCGUUGCCUUUAUUGCUAGGAAAUACCUUCAAGCUCUUUACACAAAAGAAUAUUACAUUCUUGCGUUUGUAGUUGUAUGCUACCUCUUACAUGAACCAUGCGUCCUUUGGUUCCGAAGACUUUCACUAGUCCAGAAAGGAUUCAAGUGUUCAGUGGAUCACAAUUGGAUCAUCUUGUUAUUAGUGUUACGUACUCAUUAAGCUAUUCAAUGAGAGUUAAUGAGUUCAGUCAAAAGAAAGUGUUCUGUGGACAAGAAACAUGAAUCUACUGAUUCUACUUCUGUUAACAAACUUUCCGCUGUACACUUGUGGAACUCUUGUUGAUGAGAACACUUCUUGGACUGUGACAGAACUAAAACAGAGAAAUGGAAACCCGUGUGACGUCACGUUAGAUUUGGUUAAUGUUGUAGUGAACUGUUCAAGUCGUUCCCUUCAGUUCUUUAUCAAGUCUUGGUUUCCUGAGAACACAAGUGUACUAAUGUUACAAAGUAAUUUAUUGACAGUUAUACCUAACAACACUCUCAACAACUUGUACAGGUUAUCAAGUUUAAGUCUUCAAGACAACAUGUUGACGUAUAUAGAACCUAAAUCCUUUGACAGACUUCACAGUUUACAAUAUUUAAAUCUGGAGAACAAUCGUUUGAAUCUGUUUAGUUUACCUGUGCAGAUCUUCAGUGACCUGGUCAAUUUAACCGAGUUAAGACUUGCUCAAGAUACAACUAAUUCUGUCUACAACAUAAAAAGGCUGAACACAGUCCUCAAUGCAAGCACUGGAAGUUUCCCAGACCAAAUGUUUGGUCACUUAAUUCAUCUCAGAACUUUGUCUGUCGAUGUGCACGAUGAUGUUCUCUACUUCAAUCCAGAAUUUCAAAAUCUCCCAUUAACAAAACUUCAAUUGUCUGGAAAGUUGAAGACAAUCACAGAAACCAGCUUUGAAAACGUGAAGACGGUGACAGAUUUAUCUUGGAAUAAUUUUGGAUACAUUCAAAAUGUCAGUUCUUCAGUUCUAGGAUCUUUUGUUCAUCUUGAGCAAUUUACAUUAAAUGAAGUGAGACUAGGGGUACGUAACUCUUUACAUUUGUUGCGUCCCUUAGUAAACUCAAGCAUGCAGUUAUUGAAACUGUCCACAGUUCCACUUAUACCAAAUUUAAAGUAUUUGUCUAUAACAAGUCAAGAUGGAAUCUUAGAUGAAGAAAGUACUAAAUAUCUACGAGACAUUUGUAUAGAGGAGUUACACCUACAAAGCAACAAUAUAUUCAUUAUUUUGAAAGGUGCGUUCAGUAGCCAAACUUUAGAUCGCUGUUUAAAACGUGUUUAUGUGACGUUCAAUCCAAUACAAGGGACAUUACAGGCACUUCUAGACGUCAUCUUACUGAAGUCUUUACAAGUCUUGGUAAUAACAAGUUUUAGGAACAAGGCUCAAGGCUGGGCAGGUAGAUCUACAUUACAACAAUUGGAGUCUCAGUACGUCACACUCACUGAUAAGCUCGGACAACGUAGCCAUGUAAAAACGAAUAAUUCUAGAACAUACGCAGUCAAGUUAUUUAUAUCUCGUUCAAUAGAAUACUUAGAGUUUGGAAGUUUGUUUGGUGAAAUCAAUUGGGAUGUUCCCAUUGAAGUUCAUGGCGGGGAAAAUGUACAAGAACUUCGUUUGAUGGACUGCGCUAUACAGAAUGUUCAGUAUUCCUUAGAAGGACUUAGCCAUGUGAAAACUGUCUAUCUUUCCUUUAACACAUUGUCCGUGCUGCCUGUAAAGUUCUUUGACAGUUUCCCUGAAGUAGAAGUGCUUGUACUGGACCACUGUGAACUGGACAGUGAGUUCAUGUCUCAACAUAGUUACAGCCUUUUUAGAAAUCUUGUGAAAUUAAAACAAUUGGAUCUGUCGUACAAUGCAAUUGACAUUCUGUUGCCCAAUACAUUCUCUGCUAAUCUCAAUCUCAGGUCACUCAAUCUUGCUUUUAAUCGAUUUAGAACUAUUCCAUUUGACUUAAGUCAAACACUUGGCUUGAACAAGCUAGAUAUGAGACAGAACUCAUUAGAUACUCUAAGUUCUAAAGACAUGGCCUUGUUAGAUGAGUUACAGCACAGACUGGGAGAAGUUCAGCUUCUGAUCUCUGGCAAUGUAUUGUCAUGUGGCUGUGAACAGAUUCAGUUUCUACAAUGGCUUCACCUGACAGACGUUCGUCUGGACGAGAACAGAAACUAUACAUGUAUCAAUAACCAAGGGAUUUUAAGUUCUACAUCAGCCUACAAGAACAUCGAAGUGCUGUGGAGAGAGUGCUGGGGACAGUUUUAUUUUAAUAUCGCACUUGGAAUGUUUGCAUUUGUAAAUAUUGGAUUUGUAUUUGUAUUUAUGGUGACUAAAAAUAAAACCUUAAUUAUUUCUGGGGUUCUUCAACUCUUCACGGAAUUUAAACUCAAGAGACCAGUGGAUUAUCAGUAUAGUGUUUUUAUCGGCUAUUCUGACUUCGAUUAUCAAUUCGCUUGUUUGACUUUAAGAAAGUUUAUUGAAGAUGAUCUCAAGCUAAGUACUUUUGUUGGUGAUCGAGAUCUAUUACCUUCCAUUGCUAUGGCUGAAGGAAUAAUGGCAGCCAUGGAUUCUAGCUGGAGAAUUGUUUUAGUUGUUAAUAAAAGUUUUGUUAAUAACAACGAUUGGUUUCUAUUUAUGGUGCGGUCAGCUGUGUUCUCUGUUAGUCCAGCCAAUCCUCUCCGAGUGGUCAUUCUGGUCGAAGAAUGUUGCCUCCCUAGACUACCAAGUGAGUUACUCAGUUCAGUGCCUGAAGAUAAUGUUUUUGUUGUCACUGAAUGGAAGAUGACUUACAAACUACAGCAAGGGUUAAGAACAAGGUUAAAAGAAUGAAUUAUUGACUAGGGGAAAUCUAAUAGUUUCUCAUUAUUUUUUUUUUUUUGUAAUGCAUGAAGUCUAGGUUUUUUUAUUAUAAAAGAUACAU